UUAAUUUUUUUUUUUAAGAAAAAAAGCUUUAGAUUUCUUAUUUCAACAAUGAAAUUUAUUACUUAAACAAAACUAUGCCUCUACCAAAUUUAAUUAAAAAUUUUAUUGCCAAUAGUCGUGAUAAAUUGAAUCAAUUAUCAUCGAAUGGUUCGAAUAAAUCAAUUGAUUCACCAUCAUCAUCAUCAUCUUCAUAUAAAGGUCGAUAUUCGUCUAGCCAAAAUGGUAAUUUUAUCACUAGCAAUAAUAAUGAUCUUUCAUCAAGCCAUCAAACAAGUGCCAAACAAACGUUAUCACAGAUUAGUGGCCUACAUUCACAUAGAAAUCUUAAACCAUCAUAUCAGAUGUUAUUAGCUGAAUCAAUGUAUGAUCCAAACGUUACCGUACGGCUCGAUUCUUGUCUAACUUGUACGUUUGAUGAAUGUUUUACUGUCGAACAAAAUGCCGAUAUUCUUCUGUGUUUCGUACAAUUUAUGGAAUCAUUAGGAUCACAUGCCAAUACAGUGAUCAAAUGUUUUCUUCAAACAAAUUGUCUAAUGUUUUUUAUACAAGAAAAAUUUCCUGGUGAUAAUGAAAAUUCCUCAUUUGAAAAUCAAGAAGAACAUGAAAAUAAUUAUCAAAAUUUCAUUACUGAUUUUCAUCGAAUAUUUAAUCAAUUAUUCGAUAAAAAUGAUGCUUCCAAUUGUGAUGUUGCUGAUGCUGCCCAUUCGACAACAACAUCCAUGAAAAUCGAUCCAAACGUCCACUCAAAAAUGAUUGAAUUAUUCGAUCAUCAUCAUAAUAAUGACCAAAUCAUUCCAAAUUAUCAAAAACAACAAUUAUCAUUUGAAAUAUUCGAAUCGUUUCGACAAUCAUUAGCCGAAAAAAUUGAUUGUGAUUAUUACGAAAAAUUUCUUCGUUCAAAUUUUUUUCUUAAAUAUGAAUAUGAAGUAUUGAAUGGGAAAAAAUUUCAGCUUUCCGAUAUCUUAUUUUCACAUACAUUAAUAUCGUCAGCUUUUAUGGAUUUUAUGGCCACUGAACGUAUGAAAUGUUUUGUUGAUUUUUUAGUACAAUAUCGAAAUUAUCGAAAAUUCUCUGGACAAUAUUCGGAUGCUAAUGCUUUAUAUAAUAGAUUUUUUAAUUGUCGUGCAGCUACAAUUGAAAGCUUUCUUCAGGUUUCCGAACCAAUCAUUGAACAAUUGCAAUCAUCUAUUGUGAAUAUAAAGGAUCCGAAAACAGAAUUUCAAUCCGAUUGUUUUGAUCGUAUAGCAAAUAUUCUGUUACAAUAUUUUUCCAAAACAUAUUUUCCACAAUUUCUUGAAAGUAAUCAUUUCCUUGAAUAUGUACAGAAUUGUGAUCAAAAAUUAAAAUGUUCACAAAAUCAAAAACAAAAAUUGAUAAGGCCAUCAAUGAAAAUAUUAUCCAAACAAUCGUCAUCAUCAUCAUCAACAACAUCAAAUGAUAUUGGAAAUCAUAAAUUAAAUUCUCUAAAUAUUGAUCAAACAGAUCUGUUAUGGAAUCGUGAUUUAAAAGAUCAAUUACAAUUCACCUAUAUUGAUAAAUAUGGCCGUAUGAAUAGUACAUUGGAACCAGAACCACCACGAUCAUCACCUGCUGUUGAUCGUAUAAAAUUGGCACAAAUUUUUCGUCGUCUAUCAUUUGGUAAUUCGACUAAUCGAAUCGAAUCUGAAGAUGAUGCAUGGCGUAUAGCUGAAAGUAUUAUCAAUGAUGUUUGUUCCGUUACAAAUCGUCAACAACAGCAUCAGCAGCAGCAACAACAACAACAACCAGAACAUCCGAUUGAAUUUGAUGAUUUCAAUCCAUAAAUGAAAUGGCUCUAUAUUGGCCACUACUACUUCAUUUACAUUUAUUUAUGGUUUGACAAAUUAUUUUCGUUUUCUAUUUGCAAUAAAAUAAAAAAAAAAAAAUUUUUUUGCCUGUAUAAAUUAUUGCAAAUUUUAAAAGCUUUAAUAAAUAUAUAAAAUGAAAAAAUUUCAAAUGGGAAAAACCAACUGAAUUAGAAUAUAUUGCUAUUUGCUAUAGCCAAUGAUUUUUGGCCAAUUUUGUUAAUUCAUCUGAUUAUCCCCUCUCUCUCCUCUCCCUCUCCCUCUCUAUCUGAAUUUUCCUUCACAAAUAAAGGCCAAUGACAGUUUGUAAUCUUGUAUUUACCAAUUUGAGGAUUGAAUGAGGUAAAAACAUUUUGGUCAUGUUUGUUCUUCCAAAAAAAUCAAUCAUCAUCAUCAUCAAUUUGAUUAUUAUGAUUCGUUCGUUGAAUGAUGGCCAUAAUAUAUACAAGUAUUCAUCAAAAAUAAUAAUAAUAAUCAUCAUCAUCAUCAUUUGAAUACAUCUGUCAAUU